AUGAGCACAAACAACAAGAGACGUGGAGCUAGCAGUUCCAGUUGUGCUGUCCCUGGGGUGCCCGCGCUUGUCAACGUCCCGACCGCGAUGUCUGCCGACCUAGCCUCGCUCUUCGAGUGUCCUGUGUGUUUCGACUAUGUCUUACCACCCAUCCUGCAGUGUCAGAGCGGGCACCUCGUGUGUUCGAGCUGUAGACCCAAGCUGUCCUGUUGCCCUACCUGCCGCGGUCCCCUCGGCAACAUACGAAACCUCGCUAUGGAGAAAGUUGCUAGUAAUGUAAUGUUUCCAUGCAAACAUUCCAACACAGGAUGCACUGUUACAUUAGUUCAUACGGAAAAAGCAGAGCACGAAGAAGCAUGUGAGUUCAGACCUUACUCCUGUCCAUGCCCUGGAGCAUCAUGUAAGUGGCAAGGAGGUCUAGAUCAGGUCAUGCCACAUUUAAUGAUGUCCCACAAGAGUAUCACAACAUUACAAGGCGAAGACAUAGUUUUCUUGGCAACAGAUAUCAACUUGCCCGGUGCUGUAGAUUGGGUUAUGAUGCAGUCUUGCUUCAAUCAUCACUUCAUGUUAGUUUUAGAAAAACAGGAGAAGUUUGAUGGUCAUCAACAAUUCUUUGCUAUUGUACAAUUAAUAGGAUCACGUAAGGAGGCAGAAAAUUUUGCAUAUCGUUUGGAAUUGAACGGACAUAGAAGGAGACUCACCUGGGAGGCCAUGCCCCGUUCAAUUCAUGAAGGAGUAUCUUCCGCUAUCAUGAACUCAGAUUGCCUUGUUUUUGACACCUCUCUUGCACAAUUGUUUGCAGAUAAUGGAAACCUUGGAAUCAAUGUCACAAUUUCAAUUGCU